CACCGCAGUAAUUCCUGCUGGGACAUGUAGGGCGGCGGUUGCUGGCGUUGCUGAAGAGGGCGACUAGUUGAAGGGAUGGUGCCGCUUCCUCCGUUCGCUUGCCUGCCCGCCUGCUCCCACCCUGAUGGAGCGGAAGGGAAUGGGGUUACUGUGCUGCCCAGAGAGCGCACGCAGCUGAGCGGGAUUCUCGGCGAAGAAAGCAGUCGACGGGCUGGCCGGAGAGCGGGCGGAAAAAAGGGCCGCGGCUGCUUCUUGCCGGCGUCCCGUUUAGCGCGUGGCAGAGGCGGCGGCGGCUCAGCCCUGUGGCAUAUCGGCUUUCUGGGCAGCGGCGCUAGUCCUAGCCCGCAGUACCGCAACACAUAAGGGCCAUGUGAAAGCUGGAAUGGGCCCUUUGUUCAAAAUUAUGUUUUGUGUAUAUAUAAACAUGACCCCAAGCAAUGGGAUGUGUUGGAGAUGCUUGGAAACAGCUGAACCCCUAUGGGUAUGGCAAUAACCCCAUCAUGCUCAGAACUCAUCGGGAACAGAAUGGAAUGGCCAGCCAUGCAUAUAUUCUAGGGAAAAUGGGCUGGGAAACCAAAUUCCAAGUGAGCUAAACCAAGUAGAGCGUUAUAUAGGACUAUAAGGAAUGGAUUCUGCUAUAAUUUCCAGUAGCACAAAAUUGUCCUUCCUAUUUCGGGUGGCUUGUCUGCUUUCAGAAAAGACUUAGAACCCUCACUGGAUUCCAAGAGAACCAAGCCAGCCACAUUGGAGUGACUAUUCAGUCUUCACUUUUAUGCCAUUCAUGGGCGGGGGCAGGGCAGGGCAGGGAGAAAUAAACAAGUGUGGAUAAUGUAAUCACACUAUGCAUUUCUAGAUAGAAGGAAGUCUUACAACGCCAGAGUCCUGGAGACAUGCUAGCCAGGAUAUGCUGGGAGUUAAUGGUAUUUUUCUGUUUAUGCAUGUACAGAAUAGGAUCCUAAGGGUACUUCCAGGCAGAGCACUAAGAACAGCUUACUAUGGCAACCAUUCCAUACUUUCUUAAGAGAUUUGUUUUUGUAUAGUUGGAAGAAGCAGUGGAAAAAAAUGUGAGAGCUAUAAAUUGAGUAUACUGUAAUCUGGAUUCCCAGUAAAAUUCUUUGUAGUGAUGCAAUUGCACAAUAAUAACCUUGUGUGAAAGCACUCUGAACAGAAAUGGACUUAGUUGUUUCUGAUAGAAGCAGAAGUGUCCUUAUUACUGUUCAGCUCUUGUCAAAUAGAGACUAUAAAAUUCUUAGUUUUUAUGCACUUCUCUAAACCUUGCAGUUACAGUGGUAUCUAUAACCAUAAAUCUACAAGAACCAUGAUUUCUGAUUUUGAUUGGAAGGAUUGGAACUAUUUCUUCCAUUCUGCUCCCACCCAUCUCCUAGCUACCUCAUUUCAACUCAGCUGGAGAAACCUAAGAAAGGAAUUAGCUGGGGUAGAUGAAAAGAGAUUGUAUAUUGACGAGACGUCAAAGGUGAUCAGCAGAAACUAUGGGUGGGAAGCAACGGUCUCCUGCUGGAUCGCACAAGCACUGUGAGAAGUGUUUCAACAAAUACUGCCAAGUUCCAGUUGAGCCCACCAUCUCUUGUUUGAUGAUCAGCUGCCAGUCUCACUGUGGUGCGACCUUUCACAUGUGUAAAAAGGAUGAGCAUGAACUCCUGUGUCCCUUAGCACAAGUCCCAUGCCUUAACUCAGGUUAUGGCUGCCCUUUUACCAUGGCCCGUUUUAAAGUGGCCAAACAUCUACAAGUCUGCCCGGCCAGUAUAGUUAGCUGCUCUAUGGAGUGGAAUCGUUGGCCAUGUGUAGAUACAGAAGCCAUUCUGCAUGAGAACAUGAUGAAAGAGGAGCCUAGUGAAGAGUGCCUGGAUGUGGCUCUAGCCCUGAGAGAUCAGAAAGCUCUCUUUGGGGCACUCAGAAUGGUGGAAUUUUUUCCUGAGUGCAGAAAGCCUUGUGCUGGGGAAGAAGCCGUUGAUGACAUGGAGUACCUGGGAGAAGAAGCUGCCGGGAAAGGAGCCAGCCUGUGUGAAGGAAAUGAUGGGCUCAGCCAGCAAGAGCUUGAGAAUCUGGCAAAAGACAAAGAAUGUAUGGAUCUGGCUGGUUACAAAACCUGGGAAAACAUGUUCAGCAAAGAAUUUAAAGCCUGCAAAAUAACAGGCCUAGUGGAGGAUAGUAAGAAAAAGAAAAGUGAGAGCAGGUCUUCUAAAACAGGGCAGAGUUCUAGUGGUAGCAUGGAAGAAGCUAGAGCCACAGGAGAUAGUGAAGAAACCCAGGCUCCUCCUCAAGUGAACUUAGCAGCUGAAAGGACAGGCCUGGCUCCUUGGCAAGAUGGUGUAUUGGAGAGGCUGAAAAAGGAGGUUCCUGUAGGGGAGUAUAAUAUGUACCUGGUGCACCAUGGAAGGAUGCUCAUUCAUUUUGGUCAGAUAGCUGCUUGUACUCCCAGAGAGAAAGACUUUGUAUAUGGAAACUUGGAGAUUCAUGAAGUGAAGACUGAGACUACCUUCAAAGUUCCAUCCAGCUACUGUGGCAAAAGAGCACGUCUUGGGGAUGCUGUGGCACACAAGAAGCCAAGUAAGAGCAUAUCUCUGGAUACUUCAGAGUUGGGAAUAAGUCUGGAGGAUCUUCCUAAAUCCAAUGCAAUAAAAGCUACACUGCUGUGUGCCCUGGAGAAGGAACUGAAAGGGCAUCAGAUAUCUCAGACAAAUACUACUGAUGCUUUGUAUGUGGAUUUUGGGACCCAAACAUACAGUUUCGACUCGGAGCCUUUCUCCUCCACAGCUGUUCUAGCAGACAUUUUAGAUGUUAAGGGCCCACCAGACCUUCAUUUACAGCUUCAGAGUGAGAGUGUAACCCAAAGGCAUAACAAAAACAGCUCUGUUUUCACAUUCUCCUGCAACCACUUCUUCAGGAGAAAUGAAUUUCCUUCCCAUUUCAAGAAUGUUCACACUGACAUCCAGUCCUGCUUGAACGGAUGGUUCCAGCAUCGUUGUCCACUUGCCUAUCUGGGAUGUACUUUUGUUCAAUAUCCCUGGCGCCCUUCGGGGCAGAAGUCAAGUGUUAUCUACAACAAGCAUCUUAAGACAUUUGCUGUUAAGCCAGAGGUAGAUUCCAUGCUUGCAGAAGCAAGGAAAGGCAGCUUGUUCAGAAAUAACCGUGGGAAAGAAAUGGAUGCUCUGAGUAGCCUUCCCUUGGAGAUUCUGAAGUAUAUUGCUGGGUUUUUGGAUAGCUUCAGCCUUUCUCAGCUGGCCCAGGUAUCAGUGCAGAUGAGAGAUGUUUGUGCUACUCUGCUGCAAGAAAGAGGAAUGGUUUUUCUGCUGUGGGAAAAAAAGAGAUAUUCUCAUGGGAAAACUUCUUGGAGAGUCCGUAAAAAGAUUUGGAAAUUUAGCAGCCUGUUCUCCACCAUUAAUAACUGGCAGUUCAAUGACAUUCCUUCCAUGGCUGUUCACUUAAAGACCUGCCCUUUCUAUGAAGUUGAGUACAAGAAGGAUCCUGUCUUGCUAACGAGCAUUUUUUCACCUGAAGAGCAAAUGCAAGAAAGUUUGGUCUCUGCAUUCAGGAAUGGGCCGGUUCCAAAGAAACUUCAGAGAAGGCUGUACUGA